UUUUUAUAACUACGAGUUUAUUUGGAUGAAUGAAAGAAAUGACACAAUUUAUGCUGGCAUAUACUAUACAGAAGGCAACGGAAAUUCUCCACAGUUUGUGUACUCAUUUGAAGGCGUUAGUUUUACAGGAAGCCAAAGUCCAACAAACGUUUCAAAUCUAACUUUUUCGAAAUAUUUUGAAGUUGACUUUCUUAUGGCAGGUAACUGUAAUACUUCAAGUGUAAACCAACAUUUACAUGAAUGUCCAGAAACCAGGCUUUGUCAGUGUCCAUGUUCUCCAGUUAAGAAUGGAUCAAAUUACACAGUAGACGAAUUGCAUGAUCUUCUUUUAUCAUCUCUUAAGAAAUUAGAAAAGGAACUAAAAGUCGACAAAAAACUGUUAUCCUCCUAUGUCAGGAAACAUGUGUCUGCAUCGGAUGAAAGACUAUCGUCGCGGUCACUGGGAAUCGGAGGUAUCGUCUGCCUUUGUUUGAUGGCUGCAGCUAUUCUUGGAAUGGAUUUGAUGUCAAUAAAACGUCAUACUGCUACUGCCAAAGGAAUAUGCAUAGGCAGACCUUGAAAACCGGUUAUCGAAUGACAAACAUUUACCAUAAUGCUACAAAGAUGGGAAAGAAGAAUCAUACUAUUGUAACACAACAUAAUGUAACACAAUGCGGGUUAGAACAUUAUUUAAUAACAUAACGACAAAUGUGUAAUGCAUUAACAGACUAUACAAGUGGUGUUACAAUUAUUUUGACAAUCGUAUUAAAAUAAGAUUUGGACAAUUUGUAACAGUAUUUCAUUACAUACAGACAAAUGUGUGUUUCAUUAAUAGACUCUACACAUUAUUAUACAAUCCGUUUUGACUUCAAUUACGCUGAUACAAGUAUCCUGCAGCAAAUUAAUACCACUACACAGACUGACCAGUAAGACUGACCGUAUAUAAAUACUAGGAAAGAAAAAUAAACAAAAGAUUCCAUCAGGUCUCCCCCUCGUGGGUAGGCUGGAAUUAAUUCACUUACCAUCCGAAUUCAUUCUAGUCAGGAUCGAAAUUAUAACUCUAUACGAUCACGUGUCCGUGUGACCAUUUGUAAACUUUCGAACAUUUGAACUUGAGAGACGAUUUAUGAACAUUCUAACAU